UACUCGCCACCGGGUUCGUCCAUAUGCUAUCAGACGCUACUGAUGCGCUGAACAACCCGUGCUUACCAACGUCACCGUGGCACAAGUUUCCGUUCACGGGGUUCUUCGCUAUGACGGCGGCUCUCUUGACGCUGCUGCUUGAUUUCGUGGGGACUCAGUACUACGAGCGGAAGCAAGGGGUGAACCGUGCGGUGGAGGAGCAGGCGCGAGUCGGAACUUCGGAAUCCGGCGUAGAAGACGGGAUCGUGGAGGCGAAGGAUUGGAGUGGGAAGGUUUUUGGAGAAGAAGAGAAGGGUGGAAUGCACAUCGUGGGAAUGCACGCGCACGCUGCUCACCAUAGACAUAACCACCCCCAUGGCCAGGAUGCUUGCCAUGGCAUUGGUGGCGGCGUCAGGCCCCACGACCACGGCCAUGUCCACGGCACGCAUGAGGAGGAGGAUAGUGACGUCCGCCACGUGGUUGUUUCUCAGGUGCUGGAGCUUGGAAUAGUGUCGCACUCAGUGAUAAUUGGGUUGUCUCUGGGGGUUUCACAGAGCCCAUGCACCAUAAGACCCUUAAUUGCAGCAUUGUCUUUUCACCAAUUCUUUGAAGGGUUUGCACUGGGAGGGUGCAUCUCCCAGGCACAAUUCAAGACCUCAUCCGCAACAAUAAUGGCUUGUUUCUUUGCACUGACCACACCCACCGGUGUUGGGAUCGGAACCGCAAUCGCGUCGGUGUAUAACCCUCACAGUGCGGGUGCACUGGUCACGGAGGGCAUACUGGACUCUUUGUCAGCAGGGAUAUUGGUGUACAUGGCGUUAGUGGACUUGAUAGCGGCAGAUUUUCUUAGCAAAAGAAUGAGUUGUAAUUUUAGGCUGCAGAUAGUAUCUUACUGUAUGCUUUUUCUUGGGGCUGGAUUGAUGUCUUCGCUCGCAAUCUGGGCUUGACAAUGAUUCAAUCUGAUCCUUCUUCCGUUAUACCUGUAAACUAGUAGUACGUCGAUCAAUAACUCAUAUCAUACCACCACUUUUUUGUUUUCCUUUCUGUGUUACUUUGGUUUCUCUUUACCUUCCUUCUCUGCCUUUACGUACAAACUGAAAAAUGUGUAACCACUGUAACACGGAAACUCAAGAAAAAUACUGUAGUCUGGUUAUUGGACUGAAGAAUUCACAAAUCUGUGCAUUAGUGUUU